AGUUAAGCCAAAACGGCGACCACCAUUUGAUAUAAUAUAUAGUUUCAGUGUACUAUUGAUGGCACCACGAGUAGAUGAGAAAUAUCGGGAAGAGAUAAACAAAGCACGAAUAGAACUUGAAAAUCUUGUAAAAUCGAAGGAGUUCAGUGCUCCUGAUUUUCUUCGUUUAGCGUACGCAUCCCAAUUCACAAUUGCCAAUUCUCAUCAUGAUGAUAAUGCAGGAAAUACUACUUCUACUGAUGAUGCCACAAAAAAGAAAACUCAAUCUCCCAAUAAUAAUUCUCUCAAAACAAUUGCAAAAAUCAAGGCCAAUCAUCCCAUAAUAACGUAUCCUGACCUCUAUCAGCUUGCUGGGAUUGUUGCUGUUAAAGAACUUGGUGGUCUAGACAUCGAGUUUGUCCCUGGUAGAACGGAAUCAUUAAUUUCACCAGAUGAAAGCUGCCUUCCUGAUGUCAAACAAAGUCCAGCAGAACUAAGAGAUGUCUUCCGAAAAGUGGAAAUCUCUGAUCCCAAGCAUAUAGUAGCAUUAUAUGGAGGUCUCAAACUGGCAACAGCUGGAGCUCAGGGUACGAAUUUGAAAUUGGACAACUCAUACUUUGUGGACCUCGUCGACAAGAAGAAGGAUUUAAGUCCCGCGGAAAAAGCUCUGCUUGAUGAUCCGGAAUUCCACAACUGUGUGCAAUGUUAUGCAACGCAUAAAGAGGAUUUCUUUGAGAACUACGAAGAGGCACACAAGAAGCUCGCUGAUCUUGGCUUACCAUAUUCAGCAUUUAUUAAAUCAACAUUAGAAAAAAGUGUGUCACAAGUGAAGAAGGUGCUGGGGGCACAAAAGGCUGUUGGAGUUGGAGUUGCUGUUGCAGCCGCUGUUGUAAUACUGAGUUUCUUCUAUGUAAUCAACAGGAGGACAGCGAAGCAUUCACCACAUCAGUUCCAGUAACAUUGGUGGUGAGCUCAAUAGAAACAAAAAAUAUAGUAAAUCGGAAACUGAAUCAGCAUGAACAGACAGUUGGACACCAUGAUUCAUCAAUAAUACAUCUCCUAUCAAUAACCUCAGUUGUACUUAAAAUGUAAACAUUCAACAUUCUAUAAAAAGGUUUCAAUUGUUUCUUA